UGCCUUCUUCGAAUUCGACGCAAGAUCGUUAGAUGGUCGGGAAGCAACGCUUCCUCGUUUAUCUUAUCGCGUCGUGACCUCUAACCUCAUGCAAAUACGAAAAGCAAGAAGACCUUUGGCACCGAUCUUUUUUCCCCCUAGAAAGAGGAGUAGCAUAGUAGUUGAUUCGAUGUCGUAGUCCAUUCGGUGGUCGAGUUCGGUCGGAGCAGGAAGCACUUACUUAACCGAUAUCAAGCGUACCGGCCUGUUUCGCACCCUAGUAGUCCCCUUUCUCGGUUCGAUCUUUCCGCUCGAUCAGCGAUCUCCUCUUUACGAGUUUACCACCGCGAUUAUUCGCGCGACACACGUCAACAGUCUCUGAUUACUUUCGACUCGACUCGGUCGAUCGGUGUCUCGUCUUUCGUAUUUUCAAGUUUCUUUGAGACCUCGCUAAAAGUACGAGUAAUAUAGAAAAUUUCUUGGUAAAUUUCAUAGUUUUGAAAACAGUUCGUUGGCGUGGUGUUUAGUGGUGUGGUAUAGCGUGGCGUCUGCACGAGUUCAGAUUGAGAAAAUCAUAUCGAACGGGUAGAAAGGAAGAGAAAGGGACAGGAAGGGACAGGAAGCGGGGAUACGGUGUAGAUCGGUGGCCGACACAGACAAAGGGAUGAAGGGCGCAUCGAUGCAGAGAUAAUAAACGAGAUUCAACCCCGUUACUUUGGAACAAGCAACAUGACUUGGGAUCGACGAUCGUGGAACCUUUCUGCGAUAUUUGUCGUAGCGAUUUGUAUCGCGAUCGACAUCGUACAAUCUGAAGUGGUCAAGGAUCCAACGUUAUGCGCCCGGACGCGAUGCAAAGUGCCAUCGAGCAGAAAGUUCAAGUACGAAGAAAACGUUUGGUACUGGUACAGGUACUCCGUGGACGUGAGCACAAAUUUAGGAAAGGACAAUUCGACGGGUGAUCCGUUAAACGAGUCAACCUUGAGGUUGGACGCGGACUUGGUUCUUUGGUUUAGCAGCCCUUGCGAGGGUAGUUUGAGGUUCCACAAUACGAGCAUCAGCCACGACCCUCGGAAGUACAAUCCAGAAUUUCCGGAUCGUGCCGGCGCGGAUUUCAAAACGCAUCUGGAACGUUUCACCUUGAGAUUUGCGUUCGACGACGGUCGAGUAGACGAAUUAUGCCCGGACAAGCGAGAACCGAUCUGGGCGUUGAACUUGAAAAGGGGUGUGCUGUCGAUGCUGCAGAACACGAUGCACAGGUUGGACGUGGAUCAUCGGGGAGACGAGCUGGACGUGAACGGUGUAUGCGAGACGAGUUAUCGUUUGCGCGAGGCGAAACGUACCAGCUUGAUCCUGAGAAAAUCGAAACACCUGUCGAACUGCGUUUACGGUUCGAAACACUUCUCCGUCGUUCGUUCGAACGUGUACACCAGUCCCCGAUCGAGAACUCGUCGAUCUCAACAUCCUCUUCUCGAUUCUCGAAGCGAUUGCGAGUUAACGGUCGAUCGCAACGUCUACCAGAAGAUCGCAUGCAAGGAGGAACAUCGAUUGCAACCGCUUUCCAGCGGAAAUACGGGCGCGAGAACCGAAUCUACCUCCGUUCUUCGGUUGAUUCGAAAAUCUCAAGACGAUUAUUCGCUCGAGUACGAAGGAACGGACGAGGAAGAACCGGAUAAGUAUGGUCAAGGAUUGGAUCGCACGAAAAAAACCAAUCUGUUGUACGAUUACGCGAGAACCGCGAAAACUGUUCACGGGGAAUUAAGAACUUCUAGAGACCUGUUGAAAACGAUGUGCAGAUUAGGAGUUAGCACGAACGAAUUGCAGCAACGGUUUUCCGAAACGUUUACCGCUUUCGUUCAUUCGGCUCGACUUCUCGAUUAUCCCUCGUUGUCACAGUUGUUCGUCAGAGCCAAUAGUAUCUGCAAAACCGGAAAGAAACACAUCGUGGAUGCUUUGCCGUUUAUGGGGAGCAACGCGGCCGUGAACGUGAUGCGAGAUUUGAUAAUCAAGCGAUACGUGGAUCAAGCAACGAUCGACAAGUGGGUCACAGCGUUUGCGUUAAUCCCUCGACCUAAUCAAGAUACGAUCAGAACUUUGUCGCCUCUGCUCGACUUUCAAAAUCAAAUACCGGAAGCUCAAUUCAUCCUGAGUUAUUCCGCGACCAUAUACGCGUUUUGUUCGAACCACGAAACACGGUGUGACAACGUCGAACAGGUGACACGGUUUCUUUCGUACCUUGAGCAAAGGAUCGAGAAAGGUUGCGCGGCUCGAACUCACUCUAUUUCCACGAUCAAAGAGACGUUGGAAGCUCUGAAAGCGAUCGGAAACAUGGGCUUGGAAACCGACAGCUUAUCGCAACGGUUACAAGAGUGCGUAGAAGAUGUAGGAGGAUUCUUGCCAAUGGAAGUUCGCGUCGCGAGUAUCGAUGCUCAUCGAAGAAUGCCGUCUUGCGAAAAAAGCCGGGAUCUCUAUUUUCUAAACUACUAUCGGAACAAUAGCUUGGACACGGAGAUACGUAUCGCAUCUUAUUUACAAGUGAUGCGCUGUCCCGAUUACAACGUCAUCAAAACGAUCAAACACGCGUUGAAAGUCGAGGAAAUUAAUCAAGUGGGAACAUUUAUUUGGAGCCAUCUGACCAAUCUCUACAAUUCUGCUUCGCCGACCAAAAUCGAGAUUCAAAGUCUUCUCACGGACAGAGAUCUAGACGGCAAGUUUAACAGAGACAGAAGGAAAUUUUCACGAAACUACGAUGGAUCUUUCUUUUCGGAAGAAUAUAAUUUUGGCGGCAAUUACCAGGGAAAUUUAAUCUUUUCUACAAAGUCGUAUAUACCGCGUACCGCGACUUUCAAUCUCACUUUCGAUCUUUUCGGCGAAUCCGUGAACGUUUUCGAGAUUACCACCAGACUCGAGGGUAUGGAAUAUUACGCGGAGAAAUUCUUCGGUCCGGACGGACCGUACAAUAACGAGAAAAUGUCUGGUUUCUUUAAAACGUUCUUAAGAAGUUUCAGGGCAGCUCCCGAAGAGGACGACAAUUACUGGAAACGCGUGAAACGAUUACCGGAUGUAAUCGACAAUAAUUUUAACGAUCCAAAGAUAAGUCUCGGUUACAAGAUAUUUGGAAACGAUCUAAAGUACUCGAUGCUGAACGGCGAUCGAGAAAUCAGAGAAACUUUAACGCGCUUAAACCCGUGGGAGAAAUUUAAGGAAAUUACGUCUGGAAAAGAAAUUCAAUACGAAAACGCGCUGAUGUUUCUGGAUUCGACUUACGUGGUGCCGAUGACAUCUGGUCUGCCGGUGCGUUUGGAUUUUGCUGGUUCCGCGGCGUGCGAUUUCAAGAUGUCAGGAUUACUCGACGCCAAGCGAAUAACUAGCGGAGAGAUCGAACUUGUCAGCAACAUUGCGCCCAGCAUGAGCGUCGAUGCGAUCGGCAGUAUGACCGUGGAUGCUUUCUACAAAACUGCUGGAACGAAACUACGAACGAACGUGUAUUCGUCCGGGGCGGUCCAAAUUCACUUGGACGUGAAAGGGAUGCGCUCGAUCCGAUUAAGUUUGGGCCUACCGAAUAAAAAGAUGGAAGUGUUCUCGAUCGGCACGGAUAUCCUUUUAACGAAAGGCAACGGAGCAGAAGUGGAGGAGAAGCCGAUCGGCGUUUUAAUCACCGGUCAAAACAGUAACGAUCGACGUUUGAUGCAAUCGUCGAUUCCCCCAGGAAGCAUUAUCAGCAACACCAGCUGUACUUGGGGUGCUCUCGACAGACUCGUAGGACUAAAACUGUGCCUCGAUUAUCAGUUGUCGAACGUAACGAAAGAUCCAAACGCGCCGUAUUUUCUCUUAAGCGGUCCUACGCUUUUCAAGGUUUCUAUGAUCAAAGCCGAUCCUACCGCUAAACAUUACUUGCUCGAGUACAAGUGGGAAAAAACGAAGGAGGAAAACGUUUUCAGAGUCGCGUUUGAUACACCAGGGUCGCAGGUGAACAGAGAGUUGAGCGCAACCGUUUCGUUCGACGUUAAAACGCACAACGUUACCGUUUUGUUACGAUCUGCCGGAAACUCUAUAGUGGCGGAAGGCACUUACAAAAGCACGGAGAACGAAACAUUCGUGGACAUAGGUUUCGACAUAAACGGUACCAAACACUUGGAUGCCACAUUCGGUUACGCGAUCAAAAAGUUCCAGUAUGGUUACACGUACAGCCCGCAGAUGCACGUGAUUGUGAACAACGAACGAAUAGUUGCUCUUUCAGGUACGAUAAGAAGCGCCUGGAAGAACAACGUCUCCCAAUGCGAUAUAGAUUUGACCUUUCGAACUAAAAAAGUUUGGAGCAAACUAGUAGGUUACAUCGUUAGAAGAAACGUAAGUUUAGCUGGUGAUUUUCAGUUAGAGUAUCAGUUACAAAAAAUGCCUAAGAAGGAAACGCUUCAACUAGAAGUGUUGUUCUCGAAUCGUUCGUCGAAAACGUUAACGCACAAGACGGCCGAUUUAAAAUUACGCUCGACCGCGUAUCCUCAAUUGAACACUGUAAUAAUCGCGUGGUAUCAGCAAGCUUUAGGCCAUUUGGAGUUACACGCUGAAGUGAAUUCCAGUCCACACCUGAUGGACGAUCGUCACAAGCUUACCGCCAAGGUGAUCUUAUCCUAUUCGAAGAUGUACUUUCAAAAUCAGGACACGAAAGUAAGCGCGCUGAUCGCCGUAACGAAACCUAUUCAAAAUUUAGACAUCAAAGUCGGAAUCAGCCACUACGCGAUGGGGCCGGAAACGAAGACCAGCCUAUUGAUAGGAUACGCUCCAGGAAAGGAAAUCGUAUUAACGGUGAACCUGAUAAUGCCACGAGGAUUAACAUUCGCCAUGGAAGGACACGCUAACUUGACUAUUCCAAACUUUAACGCGAUGUUGGUAGAUGUACGAAUCACCGAGAGAUCGAAGCGCACUUACGAAUUAGAUUUUACCGGAACUUGGUUCAGCGGACACAAUCUGACUGCGCGUGGCACUUACUCGGAUAGAUCAGUCGCGACCGUCGAUAGUCAUAGUCUGAAGCUAAUUCUGAAAUCUCCGAGCUUCGCUAGCGACGUUCUGGUAAACUGCAAACUGUACCGGAAUUACAGCGACAUCAGGAUUGGCUUAUACGUGGAACAAGUGGAUCGCGAUCGAUACGCGUUCAUCUUAAAUCACACGGUAUUAUCGGCGACGGAUUUCAUCAGUUACGUCGAAGGAAGAUACAAAGGAAACGUGUAUUCGGUGAUGACCGACGUGAACACGGAACGAGAAAUUCGAAUGGAGAUACAUUUAGACAAAUGGAGGGACGUGCAUCUGGCGCUGAUCGGUUUUAACGAGGAAAACAGGAAAGAAUUCGGAGCGGAAGUGAAAUGGGACGCGAAUAGAGAUCCUGCGCUGAAACUGGCGAUACACUUUUCGAUGGAUAAGACGGUGCUUCCGGCUAUUUCGGAGGAACAACCACCCCAGAAGAAUCUGACCGCGAUCGUCACCGUUACUUAUCCCGGUCGCUUGAUCGCCGCAUCGUGUCGCGUAGCCGCGCGCAGUUAUUAUAACUACGCGGUAGACGUUGCGAUCGACUGGAAUCCAGAGAAUACGGUAGGGCUGUUCGUCGCGACGGAAUACUACGUAAAAGCAUGGACGAGAUCGAUGAGCGUGGAGGGUCGGAUGGUCACGCCGUUCGAGAAUUGGAAGAAAACGGCUCUAAGCGCAAAGUAUCUGCAGGAAGAAAACGCGAUCAAGGUGAGCGGUAGUGCUCAUUGGAAGGAUUCGCAACGGUUGAUCGCGGAAUUCGAUGGGAGUACAAAGCAGCGUGACAAAAUUCGUGAAUGGAAAGUGAACUCUGGAAUAACUAGUUCGGUACAUUCAAUAUCUUCGGUUAUCGUCAACGUCACCCAUCGACUGAUCGAUUCGCAGCUGGCGGAUACUCGUCUAUUGGUCAAGUACAAUCCAGACAAAGUGAUCGACGCUUGGAGCAUUUGGUAUCUGAACAAAGAGUCGGAUAAAGUUUUCAAUUUGACCGGCAAUUUGCAUCUCGAGUCACCUGUGACUAGUUACAGAAAAAGCGAUAUGAGGUGUCAGUUGCAAAUUUUACCGGACUGGAAAUUUUUGGGAGCUGCCAAUUUGGAUCUCGAUAAGAGAACGUACACGGGAAAAUUGAUCGGCGAUAUUCACCGUCUCAUGGAAUCCAUGAUUCAGUUCAACGUUACCACCCCGUUGGAGAAGUUUUCUUUCGUUCGUGGACGAUUCGGUUUGUCAGAGCAAAAUAAACACGCGGUCGCGGAGGUGGUCACUCCAAACGGUCCUAUGGGUUUCGAAGCACUUUGUCAAGUGUUCACAGCAGACUACGAUUUCAACGUUCGACUGUCGCUCGCGACACCGUUGGAGGUGCUACGAAGAUCCUUGCUCGUCGGCAAAUUGAGCAAUCGAGAAGCAGAUUUCAGAGUCGCUUACAACAAUAUACAGGCUGGUUUCCAGGGUGUAUGGAGCUAUCAUAAUAUUACCGAUUUUCAUUACAGUUACUUGUUGUUCACGCCUCUUCGGGGUUUCGAGGAAAGCGGAGUCGUCACAAAGUUGAUCGUGAUGUACACGGUGGACGGAAAUCUCGACGUCGACACCGAAUUUUCCAUCAAAUUAGCCGAAACGAAACUUGGCGUCAAAGCCAAAGGCGGUCCGAAAUCUCCACCAGUCAAUAUACCGAUCAAUCCUUCGAUCGAGAUCGCGAAGCAGGAUUCUUCGAACGAGAGACAGCUGAAAGAAAGAAUAGAAGAAGAAGAAGAUAACGGAAACGGAACAGUGGCGAUAGAAGACGAUUUCGAGGAGGAAAGCAAUCUUUACUGGCACGGCGAGGUUGAGAUGUAUCUUAUAAUCAUUGAAGAUAUUAUAGGAGAACUGGACAUAGACAACGAUGGACCGACGUAUAAGAUUUUGGGCAGUUUGAAAUAUUUUCAAGGGACAAUCGUGUUGGACGACACGUUCUGGAUACAAGAUUUGUUCAACAUGAAAAACGAGCUCACGAUCAUCGUUCCCUUUCAAGUGGUCAACGAAAUUACCUGUUUGAACUCGUUUAUCGUAGAUAUGGAUCAGUCCAGUUACACGAUGCAAUUGCACGUAAAUGUCAGACGAAACGCGACAUGGUACAAAACAGGAAUGGACGCGAAUUACGUUUACUCCGAAAGUGAAUUAGACGAUUCGCAGACGCACAAAUUACGAUUAAACAUUAAGACUCCCAUAGAAUUUAUACGAUUUCUCGACACCGACACCACCCUGGACAUCGAUGAAAAUUUCUACAAAGCUAAAAUCGGCAUUCGCGCUCCGAACAGCUCGAUCGAACUCCUUGGAUCUAUCGAGAGCGAAAUGUCCCUCGAUACGAUGCUCGUCCUCGAAAUCGACACGCCAAUGGUGAAACUACCGAAAUCCACGUUCACCGUUAAACGAGACUUUACGGAAAAGGAAAGAUACCUAAAGAUAAGUGGCGAAAUUGCAGAACCCGUCUCAAAAUCGUUUUCCCUCCAGUCGGAGUGGUACGUAGCGAAAGAUCGGUUCAGAGCUUUCGUCGCUUUAAAGUCUUGGAUCGAAACGUUGAAAAGCGUGGAGGUGGACGUCUCUUGUUCGAACACGAUCGCGACGAACGAUACCGCGAGUUUAAAUAUCUACUCGAAGUACCUGGCUGAUCGAGAAUACAGGCUACUUGGAAAUUAUACCUCUGAAACGAUUCAGGCGAGAGUUUACACGCCGUUUUCCAAUGAUAAACCGCAUUUUGAAUUUCAGGGUAAGACGAGCAAAAUGAACGAUACUGCGUACAAUUUGGACGGCAAUUUGUCAGACUUGGCGAGCAUGGAAACGCAGAGAAUUUCCGGUACGAUCGUAACGCGAAACGGUUCGUUGCACAUCAUCGAGAUGACGAUAGGACCAAGAGCAGGCAACGAUCAAUCGGAUAGCAGCUUUAUUGUUAAGCUGAAGAAGGAAAGGUACGGACUAGGUCUGUCCGUGGUUGGUCGCGCUUUGAACGGAAGGAUGGACGCUAAUUUUAUUAACUAUUUCAACUGGGACGUCAGAGCUCGCGGGGAAAUUCUAAAUCGUUCGAACAGAAAAGAACAGUUCCAGCUUACCAGUUUUAUGAGCGUUCAAAUAAACGGCAAUACGACUUUGUACAUCCACGCGGAGACACCUGCGGAAGAUAUUCGAAACCUUAGCUUUACCGGAAACAUGUUACUGACCAACAACAGCGGUGACGUUCGAGCGAACGGACGCUUGAACGGACACACUCGAUACGGUACUCUUCAAUGGAAGCUGAUCUACAUGGUAGACAUGUUCGGAAGGCUGCUUGUCGGCUACGAACCACCAUCGAACGAUCUCGAAGCAAAGGUUCUCGAUACUCGAAUGUUCCUCAGGAAUCCCGGUCGUGCGUUCAGGAACAUCGACGUUGGUUUCGAUUUGGAUGUGGAUCGGGAGAAAUGGAAAUUUGCGGCGAAUGCCACCCUUGGCUUUCGUAACCACGAGAACAUCGACGGAGUGUUUGUCGUCAGGUUGCCGCCUCCUAAUAACGACGAUCAUCGCUUUUUAAUUAGCUACCACGCUAACGGAGGAGUCAAAGAUGCGUCCUACGUGAUCGGUUACAAUGCCGUCAAGGCUAACACCAACUAUGCUUCUGACGGUUCGAUCCACAUGGGUACCCGAGACAUCGACGGGCAUCUUCGCGUCUCUUGGGGGAUGUUACCCGUUCAGUCUAUCAAUAAUCUGUUGAACGUGAGCUUCGACAACAAGGAGAUUCUACUCAAGUAUUCGUUGUACACGCCAAAGUUUCAGCAACAAGAAACAUUGGUUUUCUUGUUCGAUUACGACGCGAAACACGACACGGUCAGACGUUUAAUAAACGCGAAUAUCCAUUAUCCAGCUAGCACGCAUCUUGCUUCGGCGAACAUAUCUUACGAAAGUUUGUCGAACGUCAAUGGAACGGUGGAUGCUGUUUUACCGUUUGCAAACGUUUCGCAAGUCGGAUGUCAAUUCGUCGUAUUCACCACUUUGCAACGAAACAAGAAAUACGCCAAGAUCUUUUGGUCGAAAAACACGGCGAUAGUGGACUCGGAUUACACGUAUCGCAGCGAAAAAUUAGACUCUGAUCUCGAAGGAAUCUUACACGCGGAAGUACCAUUGAACACGCGUCACGUCGCUCAUUUAACGUACGGUUACAAGAAACGACCGCAAGUGACCACCGGUCAUUCCGUGUUAACGUACAACGGGCAGAAGGUUGUACACGGUCAGUACGAUUCCAAGAGCGAAUCCAGGGCCGGUUUUGAAAAAGAUCGCGUGCAAAUCACGAUCGAAAACGCGUACAAACCUAUAGGGAUUCUUUACGUGAAUCAGUACGAGUACAGCGCGGGAAACGAAGGAACAAACUAUCCGACGGUAGAAUUCAAACACGUGAAUUUGUAUCGAUUAGACAAUAGAACCGCGUUCAACGUGGCAGCUGAAUCAAGAAUCAAAACUACGCACACCGGUCAGAAUAUCCAUCUGAAAGCGAUACACUCGAACAGAACCGUUCAAUUGAAAACCGACUACCAAGUUUUACCUGGCGAAUUUGAUCAGAACUGCUGGUUCAGCUUGGCCGAAGACGUAUGGAUAUCUUAUCGCGUGAAUAUUUUAAACAAAACGACGGAAGAGGUGGACAAUCAAUUUUUAGUGCUAAGCGUAUCCUAUCCACGACGAAACUUUACACUUGACGGAUCUUACUGGAUCAGCAGCGAGGAAUUCAAAUCAGAGGCGAAGUUGGACUGGGAUCAAGAUACGUACAGACCAAGAACCAUCGGAGCUCUCUUCAAUUGGAUAAACUUAUCUUCGAACGCUGACACAAGCGUGCGACAACGAGCUAUCUUUGCUUUGAGGCACCCUAGUUUCGAGAAACAGGUAUUACUAAAAGGGGAGCUACUGAAAGAAAGCCCCAGGGAUCUAUUCAAUUGCGUCCUCACCGCAGACUACUCCACCGAUCCGGACAAACACUUUGCUUUAUCGGCGUCGCUGAAGGACGAAAGUAAACUUCCCUCUACCAGAAGAUACGUUUACGAAUUAACGGGAAAUCACCCGAGUACCAGAUUCGAUCUCGACGUUCGAGGAUUCGUGCAGAAACGCGACAACGCGUUCUUCCAGACUGUGAACAAUGGAGUGUAUAAACGAAGUUUCAUCAUUAACGACUCUGGACAGCUGAACACCCGUCUCGAUCUUAAUCGGGACGAGUUCUUUUUCCAUCGAGAAUACAACGAUGCCGUGAAACAUUUGAACGUUCGCUACCAAUCGAUCGAGCGACGAUACUUUGUGAACGGUAGCGUCGUCAACACCCCGGAUCUGAACGCCACCGGUGUUUUCCUCCUCGAUCCAGCAGAAAAGUUCACUUGGAUGACGCUCAAUUAUACUCCCGAUGGCAUAGAAAGCUUACAGAUGUACGGAAAGGUCCCCGACGCUCGGAACGCCGUGUUCAACAUUUGGAGAACCUACGAGGAAGACUUCUUCGUAUCCGACGUGGCUUUUUACUUGAAACUCAAUCAUUCUAGAUUGAUCACUUCUAUGCUACGCUGGAGACCCGAACUGAAAAGCGAUAUUAUCACUGGCAUAAAGAAAACGGCGGUAGAUGCGUACGAUGGUUUGAAUAACGAUGCCGAUAAUUGGAAGCAAUAUAUUAAAACCGAAACAGUCAACAUAAUCUCUGACGUGUGGAGCGACGCUCAGGAAGAUCUUGAAGAAUUUCUCGACGACUGGAAUAAUCUGAAAGAGCUGCAGAAAGACUUGGACGAGUUGAAAGUGUAUCUGAACGAUUCGUAUAAUGCAAACGACUUCUAUAUCAAGGAUGUGGUCGCUUUGGGAUUAUACGUGGUCGACGAACUCUCGCUACGAAGUCACAUACAAUCUUUGCCAAACAUCGUGAACGAAAUAUGGGAGAUAAUGGGUGAAUCGGGAGAGGCUAUUAGAAAUUCCUUGAUUUGGUUAAUCGAAACGAUCAAGAAUGCGUUCAACAAAGUUUCCGAGAUCGUGGCUGCUAUUCUAAGAGGAGAUUCGAUCUCUCAAGUGGCGAACAUAAUCGAAAAAUUGUUAGAAAAAUACGACAAAUUCGUGAAAGAUCUUCACGUGUCGUUUAUCAAGUACAUCGAGAAUCUUUGGGUAAAGAUCUCCCAAUCGAUAUCCCAGCAGUGGCAUAGAUUUCUGUUAAUGAUCGAACCACUUUUCAUUCGUUUCAUUCACUAUUUAGAGACCGUAGUCUGGAAGGCGAGCAAAGAGGUCCUAGACUUCCUUUACGAUCGACAAAACGAUCUUAUCGCGUCUCCUUACUUUGACCGUUUCACAAAUUUCACCCAGGACAUCGACAAAUUGUAUCGAGACAUCAAAAGUAACGAUAUCAUAACGAAUAUUCAAAAAUACAGCGGCGUUAUAAUACGUUUUCUAAAGGAAAGAUACUUCACCUUCGUUCCGUUUGGCAAAGAACUACAGGAUAUCGUCGACGAGAUUAUUACCGAAUUAAAAGAAUUGCAAAAAUUACCGUCUAUACAUUACGCUUUGGAGAAAAUGCAACAGGUUUACGGUAGAGUGUACUAUGUUUACGAAUACCUCGAAGUACGAGCCAAGAUAGAAAACGCCCUUCGAUUAAUUCAUUCGAAAUUAAUGGAAGUAAGCCAAACGGCCCUAGAAGCUGAAAGUCGGUACAGAGAAGCAAAGACAAAAUUCAUUUUCGAUCCCAAUCAAGGAUUGAUGUGCUUCGAACAAAAGCUUCCAAUGUCUUGGCACGCUUUCAAUCAGACUCCAGAAUUCCAUGAGAUCCCUGAAUUUAGAGCUGUCUCCGAUCUCAAAUCGUACUUUGCCUCUUCGAAUCUAACAUUUUGGAGCGUGUACCGAUACAAACCAUACAUGGAUCCAUUCAACUGGCUUCCACCGUUCAAAGCGCACGCGAUGAUCGUUGCUUCUCAAUACUUUACUACCUUCGAUGGACGACACUUGGAGUUUGCCGUUCCUUGCGGUAGCAGCAGAAGCUACUUGUUGGCUCGAGAUUUCGUGCGAAACACGUUCACAGUUCUCAUCGAGUUUCAUAAACAAUCGGAUCGCGUCACCCACAAAAUCAUCGUGUUGCUCGGCAAGAAAGCUCUCGAGAUCGACUAUUUCAACGACAGCAUCAAACUUCUCUCGGAACAGUCGUCGAGCCCGGCGAACGAUCUUCAACUUCCAAUCGAAUUGGAGAACGGUACCACCUACGUCUAUCAGACGGACAGCGUGAUUAUCGUCGAGCGAAAGGAAAAUCAAUUACGGCUCGAAUGCAAUCUGAAAUUUAAUCUCUGCACAUUGGAAUUAUCCGGUUGGUAUCACGGAAAAACUGCCGGCAUUCUCGGAACAAUGAAUUACGAACCGAUGGACGAUACCAUGUCAUCGAGCGGAAUCGUAACGACGGACGUGCGAAAAUUCGCCGAUAGUUGGUCGAUCGAUCAAGAUCAUCGUUGCUCUUCGAACGCUUUUAAUUCAACGUCGAUCACGAAACCGGAAGAAGAUUCGACUAUUCCACUGUUUUGUAACGAUCUGUACGUGAACAAAAGUUCCGAAUUCGUUUCUUGCUUCGACGUGAUCGAACCAGGCGAAUACUUUGAAAUGUGCAUCCAGAGCACGAGGAAAUCAGAGGCUUGUACGAUCGCGCUAUCCUACCUGCAAGCGUGCAUGUUCCUUGACACUUAUCUUAGAAUACCGGAUGCGUGCACCAAUUGCAAUAUGUUGGACGGUAGUCAAGUGCCGGAAGGUCAAUUUAGAAGGUUGGAAGGUGAACGUGUACCGAGAUCGACCGACGUGGUCUUCAUCGUCGAAGGAAAAGAGUGUAAUCGUGGUGUGAAAGGAAACCGUAGCAUCGAACACUUGGUUGCUCAAUUGAACAAAGAAUUCAGAGAUCAAGGUUUAACCGACAAUCGAUGGUCGUUGGUCGUCUUUGGAGCUGACGGAGUGCUCGAUCAUCCGAGGAGCGUUGUCUUCGACGGGCAAAUCUUCACGAAAAACACUGCACGAUUCCUCGAUUAUUUCGAUCGUGUCCCCAUUGGUGACGGAAGCAGAGAUAUCUUUGCGGCGAUCGCGUUCGCCUCGAAACUUGUUUUCAGAGCCGGCGUUUCAAAGACGUUCGUUCUGAUGCCUUGCUCGCAUUGCGAACCGGAAAAUCAGACGUUGGACUACUCGGUGCUUCAUGAAGUUUUAUUGGAGCACGGCAUCACUCUUCACGUAUUGAUGGACGGUGAUUUCGAGUUCGAGAAGGAAAGGUUGAACAAAUUGUUGUACGGAUUGGACGCAACAAAGGCGUACACGAAGAAAGACUCGAGAACGUUGAUCGGUGAUGUCGAUUUAAGACGACAAGUGAAACUUCCAAAGAGCGCGCUUGGUUACUGUACACCCUUGGCCCUGGAGAUCAAUGGAACGAUAUUCAGCGGCGACAAAUUACGAUUCGACAAAUUAGCCUCGAUCAAAAAGUUUGCCAGCGUUUUCUCCAAGAGGGUGGCAAUGACCGCACAACCAAAUCCCUGUCAAAACUGCGAAUGCACCGCCGAUAACAAUGGUGUCACGCGAAUGGAAUGUAUACCUUGUGUCUAUCCGACACCGAUUUCCGUCGAUUACGAAACAUUCAACCUGAACGAUUCACUCGCCUCCCUACAGCCAUUAAAUAUGGAUUAUGGCCAGAUCGAUAUCGACGACAGCUGAAACAUCGAAUUACAAACAGUUAACUACUUGUUAACAGUUAAUUACUAACAUGACAACCGGCCACGGCCUCUUUUAAUAUUAACAAGUAUUUCAGAUUUAUCGUAAUAUAUCAGGUAUGUCAUAAAUUAAGUUAUAUCUAAAUAAUUUCUCACGUUUGUAAAAUAAUAGCCCAAUAUUUCAAUUCUUCGAGUGCAAGUAUGUAAUUCGAUAAGAACAUUAUUUAUACGCAUAGAUAAGAAAGAGACAGUCUCGUUUAUUGUAAUCAACGACGCUACACAUAUUUUGUGUACAGGUUUUCGAUUAGAAAAUCAAAGUCGAUGAACGGGAAAACAUA